AAGUCUGUCUCUCUCGGGCAGCGGCAUUCGUGUGUGGCGACGGCGUGCAAGUGUUCCUCUGAACCUGUUGAAAAAGUGGGAAAAUGGGCGAUCUGACGACACUUUUCGUUUCCAUUGGGCUCAGUGAGCAGAAGGCGAAAGAAACGCUGAAAAACGAAGCUCUCACUUCUGCCCUGAAGAACGCAGUUACUCAGGCCUGUAAUAUCCUUGGAGCAACAGAAGUGGACAAAGCCAUGGGGACAUUGUUGUACAGCUUGGCCUCCCGCCUGAAAGACACAAAACACCUGGGGUUUCUUGCAGAAAAUAUAGCCCAGCGCAAAAUUUGCACAGAGCAACAACUUGCAGCUGCUUUGGAAUUUGUAAAGAAUCACCCCCAGGACCAUCUAAACCAGAGUGAGUUUGAUGAAGCCUGUGGAGUGGGCGUGGUUAUAACGCCUGAGCAGAUUGAAGAUGCAGUGGAGUCUGUGAUCAAGAAGCACAAAGAGCAGCUUGAAAAGGAGAGAUACCAUUUCAACAUGGGCCUGCUAAUGGGGGAUGUGCGCUUUGCUCUAAAAUGGGCUGAUGGGAAAGCUCUCAAAAAUGAGGUGGACAUGCAGGUCCUGCACCUCUUAGGACCCAAGACUGAGGCUGACCUGGAGAAGAAAUCUAAGCCCCAGAAGGCUAAACCUGAGAAUGAAGUGAAGGCAAAAAAAGAGGCAGCAUUGAAUGGUGAGGCUACAGCUGUAGAGGGAAAGUCCCUAAUGGAGCAGCUCAGAGGAGAGGCCCUAAAGUUCCAUAAACCAGGAGAGAACUAUAAAACCGAGGGGUACGUGGUUACACCCAACACCAUGAACUUGCUCAAAAAGCACAUGGCGCUCUUUGGUGGACAGAUUCGUACCCGUUUCCCUCCUGAGCCCAAUGGCAUUCUUCACAUUGGACACGCCAAAGCCAUUAACUUUAAUUUUGGUUAUGCAAAGGCGAACAAUGGCAUUUGUUACUUGAGAUAUGAUGACACAAAUCCAGAGAAGGAGGAGGAAAAAUACUUCACUGCCAUCAAAGAAAUGGUGGAGUGGCUAGGCUACACACCCUAUGCAGUCACACAUGCAUCUGACAACUUCCAGCAACUGUACGAUCUUGCAGUGGAUCUCAUUCGCAGGGGUCAUGCAUAUGUGUGCCACCAGAAGGGGGAGGAACUCAAAGGCCAUAAUGCUCCUCCGUCACCAUGGAGAGAUCGUCCCAUUGAAGAAUCAAUAGUAUUGUUUGAGAGGAUGAAAAAAGGACUGUUUGCUGAGGGAGAAGCUACAUUAAGGAUGAAGAUGGUUAUGGAGGAUGGGAAAAUGGACCCUGUGGCUUACAGAAUCAAAUAUACGCCGCAUCAUUGUACAGGAGAUGAAUGGUGCAUCUAUCCCACAUAUGACUACACCCACUGCCUGUGUGACUCCAUUGAAAAUAUCACACACUCACUAUGCACCAAAGAGUUUCAGGCCAGGCGGUCAUCCUAUUAUUGGCUAUGUAAUGCUCUCGACCUGUACUGCCCAGUUCAGUGGGAAUAUGGCCGCCUGAACCUCACGUACACUGUUGUGUCCAAGAGGAAGAUCAUCAAGUUGGUGGAGAGUGGCGCAGUCAGAGACUGGGACGAUCCUCGCCUCUUUACUUUAACUGCGCUUAGGAGGAGAGGAUUCCCGCCAGUGGCAAUUAAUAACUUCUGUGCUCGGGUGGGAGUCACAGUUUCCCAGACAACAACCGAGCCCCAUCUUCUGGAAGCGUGUGUCAGAGAUGUGCUUAACGAGACAGCCCCACGAGCCAUGGCCGUAUUGGAACCUCUCAAAGUCACAAUAGUUAACCUUCCUGAGGGUGUAAAGUCAGACAUACGAGUGCCGGACUUUCCUGCUCACGAGGCCAAGGGCAGCCACAGAGUAUCUUUUACAAGCACCAUCUUCAUUGAACAGAGUGACUUCAGAGAGGUGACUGAGAAAGGCUACAAGCGCCUGACCCCAGAACAGCCUGUAGGACUAAGGCAUGCUGGCUUUGUUAUCUCUGUCCAGAAAGUCAUCAAGGAUGCCCAGGGUAAAGUGGUGGAACUGGAGGUGAGCUGCUGCAGCUCUGAAAAAACAGAGAAACCAAAGGCCUUUAUCCACUGGGUCAGCCAGCCGCUCGUGUGUGAAGUGCGCAUCUAUGAAAGACUAUUCCUGCACAAACAUCCUGAGGACACAGCUGAGGUGCCCAAUGGCUUCUUGAGUGACAUCAACCCUAAUUCUCUGCAAGUGAUCACCAGUGCCUUUGUUGAUACCUCUGUCAAAGGAGCGAAAGUUUUUGACAAAUUCCAGUUCGAAAGAGUUGGCUAUUUCUCUCUGGACCCUGACAGCACAGAGGACAAGCUGGUCUUUAACAGGACCGUUACUCUCAAAGAGGAUCCUGGGAAGAUUUAGGUGUCAAGACUGCGAUCAAGAUAAAUGCCACAACUGUUUGCACCGCAUCAUGUAUAAAGCAAGGCACAUACUGCUUAGGUUGAGAUUUAAACAAAUCAGAUACUGACCAUAUUCAAACUGGAGUUAUUCUGUGCAUGUUUUACCGUGAUUGUAGCUUACGAUUUCUACAAAACAAAUUUGUGACAAAAUACUCAAGUAUUUGAUUGAUAAAUCUCAAGCUUUGCUAGUCUGUGUCACUUCAUGAAUAUUUUUAAUUGCUGUUUCCUCUUUGUUUGUAUACUGUAAAAUAUAUAGUAUUCAAAAAAUAUCUUGAAUCUCAUGAUACUGUCAUGUCUCUUCUGAUAUGGAGAUGUGGCCAAAUACAGCAAAACAUUUUUUUUUAAGUCACAAAGGUGCUCAAGUAUCAGGCAAAAUUAAAAUGUGUAAUACAACAGCAGUUUGUGUCUGGUUUUAAAUAACUAAAUGGCAAGACGGCACACAUCAACAGACCUACAGUAUGCGUGCAGUCAAUAAUACUAUAAAAUCAGGUGGCGCUGGUGAUAUGCACUGUUACUAUUUCUUUGACUAGUGACUGGUGACCAAUUCCAGGUCCACUGAAAUAUGUCCAACCAGAACAAACCAGCUGUCACUUUAAUUGUCCUUUAUUAAAGCCCACAUGAACAACACACACUCUUUACUCAACACAGUAGGUGGAUAUAUUAAACGUGGUUG